CCGAGGAGGGACCUCGGUGCGUGUUUUCGAAUAAAGUGAAGGAUCCGUUGGUGUUGUUGCGUGUUUUUCGUAAUCUACCUCCUCUCAAAACUAGAGCCUCUAUCAGCUACUCUGCUCUUGAUACGCUGUGCCAGGCGCCUGAUGCGUUGUCAUUUUAAACGGUGCAAGAGAUAACGCGUGUUGAUCGCUACAUUUGAAGAAUAAGAUUUGUUCCCUCCAAAAAUGCGAAACAAUAAUGUUACGUGCGUCAAUAGCAUCCGCAGCAUCCGCAGUGGCUGACGGUGCGAAAGUGAUCGCUCGGAGGAGAUAAACCGAAUCCGCGUCUCGUCACAAUCGACUACCGGUCUAGUGAUCGUGACCAGCUGUGCGUUGUUGAUCGUCCGUGUGGUGCUUGCGAUGGAGAUGUGAUUUACGGUUGCCGCAGUGUAGCUGAGUGUAUGUGUGUGAGCGUUUGUGCGUCCGCAGCGAGUGAUCAUCCAUCGAUCUUGCGUUGUUAAGAGCAGAUCGCGCAAGUGUCUCCCACAAGUGUGCUUCUCACCAAACAGCGCCGUGCCAUAGCAAAACACCGACGAUCCAGAGAACCUUCACACGCCGCUGUUCGAGUAAAUCAAUAAAACCCCUGCGGCGGCUGAGAAAACAGUGAAGAUCGCUGAAAGAACAGCCCUUCUACAAGACGCCGUGUACGCCGGUCGCCAUAUGAUUAGCAGCUCGUAGUACGAUCGUCUUGUUUGGUGAUAAGGACUAACGGACGAGCCGAAAUCUCAACCGUCCUCCGGUGAUCACCGAAGUCAACGAACCACGUCGAUAGUUGUGCUUGGUUUUGGGCGUUAGAACGAUGGUUUAAACGGCACCUCAGCACCCCUCACCCACAUCGUUGGCUGCAAUCGUGCAAUAUCGUAUCUUUAAAACCGUAGGGAGUUGGAGUUGAAAAUAAAUAAUUCAAAAACCAACCGACCCACCUGUGCCAAGCGCUUCUAGAAUCGUCUCGCAUUUUAAUUCUUCCGGUUUGUAGGCGCGCCCGUGCGCCAUGUUAUCACUCUCCACGUUUACAGUCACAGCAGGUUCUAGUGCUGGCCAUUCUUCGUGCGGUUAGUGAAAGAUGUUGGUCACUUAUAAAUUAUCCAUUAAUAGAGGUGUAAUGAAGCAAUAACAGGGCCUCUCGCUCGCAACACGACAGUGAGCACCACGUGUUUGUGUUUGUCGGUUGUUUUGUGUAAGUGUGCGCUUGUGUCUGUGUACGUGUGUCGAGCAAGGGUCAAGCAAGAGCUAGAAGGAGGGCCUAGAAUCAGUUUUACUUUCCGACAAACCGUGCUUCCCGGUUGUUGUGUCCGCGAUCCGAAGCGGCCAAGAAGUAGCGAGCAGAGAACCUCCAAGAUCCAAGAUCCAAGAUCGCCACGGAGCACCUCGCUAGCGGUGGUAAAUUAGAAAAUAUUGCUUCGUGUUAGCGGUGCCGUCCUCCUCCUCCUCCACGUCCUUGAUCGGUCAGGUCUUAAGAGGUUGGUGCUUGGCUGUUGCUGCUGCUGCUGCUGCGGCUACUUCUGGUGGCGACCAGCCUCCCCGGCGAGGAGAAGAAGGAGUGGUAGAGUUGUAGCAGGGCGUGUUGUAUCGGGCUGGAAGGGAUUAGUUUUCCUCUCAGCAACCGCGGCCCGAUGCUGGUCACGAUGGCGAUGGCCGGACAGACAUCAUCACCGAACACUUCCACCGGCCUCCAGUCGCCAGUCCCAGUGCACAGCAGGAGUUUCAGAAUGAAGCUGUUGUGCUUGUUGGUGAUGGUUGUUGCCGUUGUUUCUACCGUCAGCGCCGGGACACCAGAUGUGCGGGACGAUCGAAGAUUCAUAUCAUACAAAGAUCUGCUCGUGACUGCCAACCGCUAUACGGACCCGAAUGUGACGUCGUACUCCCGUAUGCUGAUCGACGUGGCCGGUGACCAGCUGUUGGUUGGUGCAAGAGAUAAUUUGUUCCGAUUCUCGCUUCGCCUGGACGUGAUCGAACGUGUGGCAUGGGAUGUGCCGCACUACCAGCAAUCUCUUUGCCUAGCCAAGGGCCAAACCGAAGAGAACUGUCGAAACUACGUCAUGGUACUGCAGAGCUUCGGUAACCAGGUGUACGUAUGCGGUACGCACGGUUUCAGCCCACGCUGUACGAUGCGCCAGAUGGAGGACCUCUCUGCGGUGCACCGAGACGACGACGGUGUGGCCAAGUGUCCCUAUAAUCCGCACGCCAACAUGACCGCGCUCAUGUCGGAGACGGGCCAACUGUUUGUCGGCUCGGUGACGGACUUUUCCGGGUCCGAUUCGGCCAUCCUGCGCUCCGAUAUUACGCAGAACAGUUCGCGUAUCCUGCGCACCGUCCAGUACAACUCGCUCCUACUGAAUGAUCCUCAGUUUGUGGGAAGCUUCGAGCAUGGUGGUUUCAUUUACUUCGUGCUGCGUGAGGCUGCGGUUGAGUACAUGAACUGCGGAAAGAUCGUCUACUCGCGAAUCGCUCGCGUGUGUAAGAAUGAUCCCGGCGGAACGUACGGUAUUCUGCGUGAUAACUGGACAUCGUUUGUGAAGGCACGGCUCAACUGCUCACUGCCAGGGAAUUAUCCGUUCUACUACAACGAAGUCCAGGGAAUGGUGUACUCGCAUGACGAGGGAGUCCUCUAUGCCACCUUCACUACACCGGAAAACAGCAUCCAUGGUUCGGCCAUCUGUGCCUACAACAUGUCCGCCAUUCAGGCCGCCUUCGAAGGUGCGUUCAAGCAUCAGGAUGCAUCGGGAUCGGCCUGGAAAGCGCAAGAGGUCAGCAAUCGGGACCACUACGAGUGCCGUGGUACGAGUAGCUCCGGUCGUCACAUGUCACUGAUCGAAUCGUCCAAAUACCAACUGAUGGAUCAAGCCGUUCAGCCGCUGAUGGGUCGUCCACUGCACCACGCAGCGUUGGAACGCUUCAGUCACAUUGCGAUCGACAUCAUACCGACGAAGCUACACGAACGGGUCCACAUCAUGUACGUGGCGACAGAUUCCGGUCGCAUCAAAAAGGUCACUGUGCUGCCUCGUACGAAGGAAACUUGCGUAAUCGAGAUCUGGCAACCGGAAGCUCACCCAGAAACACGCAUCCGCACACUGCAGUACGUCAAAGACACCGAAUCACUGUACGUCGGUACCGAUCUGGCACUGAUGCGAAUCCCAUCGAACCACUGUGGACGCCAUCUGUCACGCAGUAGUUGCCUCAAUUCGAUGGAUCCGUACUGUGGGUGGAACGAGCUACAGGAAGCGUGUACCGUUGCACCGAACGGGGACACUUUGGCCAAGUACUGGGUACAGAAUGCGACCGAAUGCCCGGUACUGACCGCACCCGUCGAUGGUGGUUGGUCUGCGUGGUCCGAGUGGUUCAAGUGUGCUCAAGCGAACGGCCAGCAAGCGAUGCCGAUGGGUGUUGGUGAGGAUUUCGCUCCCAACACGGACACUUGCCUGUGCCGGACACGAUCCUGUAACAAUCCACCACCGAAGAACGGAGGACACGGUUGCACCGGAAUGCACAUCGCCGUGACCAACUGCACGGUGCAUGGGGGUUGGACCGAGUGGUCUGCAUGGUCCGCUUGUUCACAAACCUGCGGUAUGGCGGUCAAGACACGACGUCGUACCUGUGGAAACCCGAAACCAGCUCACGGUGGACGUGUUUGCGUGGGUCCGGAUCGUGCCGAGAUUUACUGUUCCCAUCUGCCACCGUGUCCGGCACCGAAACAACCGCCAAUCGAUGGUGGUUGGGGUCCGUAUGGGGAUUUCGGCGAGUGUAGUGCCGUCUGUGGUGGUGGAUUCCGGAUACGGCGCCGUAAAUGUGACAAUCCCGUACCGCAGAAUGGUGGUAUGGAUUGUUCGGGAUGUCACUUUGAUUACGAAGUUUGUAAUACGCAACCGUGCCCGGAUGUACGGAAGGCCGGUACCUGGACACCAUGGUUAACGGUGGCGAACGGAACGGUCCCCAAUGGUGGCUACGUGGAGAAACGAUUCCGCUUCACCUGUAAGGCUCCGAUCGCGGACUCGGCGUUGCUGAAGAUCACACCGAAGGAAGAGGUACGGGUGUGCCAGGCCGAUGGUUCCUGUCAACGAUCGAUCGAUCCGAACGGGGGGCACUCAAGCACGGGACUGGCUGGAGAGGAAGGAGAGGAUGGUUGGGGUGAAUGGAGCUCCUGGAGUCCGUGCAGUGCCUCGUGUGGUGGAGGUUAUCAGUACCGGACACGUACCUGCGAAAAACUCGACUGCGCUGGCUUCAACAAAACGAAACGGGCCUGCAAUACGCACCCAUGCAAAGGUGAAUGGGGAUGCUGGACCGAUUGGACACCGUGUUCGGUUAGUUGCGGUACUGGAACGAGAUCGCGCAGUCGCCAGUGCCUGUCGAUGGCCGGUAGCAUCACGUUGGAGAAUGACUGUGAAGGCAAGAGCCUGCAGUACGAAGCCUGUGAGAUGCCCAACUGUGACUCUUUCCUCGGUUGGGGUGAAUGGAGUGAAUGGUCGGCGUGUAAUAGGGACAACGAGAAGAGCCGGACGCGUAUCUGUCUGCUGCCCAACACCGUCUCAUCCAGCGGUGAGCUGACGUGCCAGGGAAGCGAUCGUGAGAUCCGCUCGUGCAGCAUCGCACUCAAUAAUGAUGUUCCGCAGCCACAGACGGCCGGUGUAACGGCGGGAUCCGUUGCAACGGUUGCAGUGAUCGCCAUCUUGCUCACCGUGCUCCUGUGCUGUCCGCUCAGUAUCUUCGCUACGCUGCAGUACAUGAAGCGCAAACAGAAGGGCCUGAAGGCGAUCCAGGGUUCACCGUGCUACGGUUCCUACCCGAACCAGUACUCUUCGCUACCGACCAAGGAUGUAAGUCGGCACGGGAUGGCACCGGCGGUGGCUCGAUCGCCCCUUCUCACUGCUGCUGAUGCUGAUGAUGCCAUCUCCCAUCCCAUUUCGUUGCAGUACACGACGGAUGGUGGCCACAAACCGAAGCGACAGUCAUCGUUCAAGGGACCCCGGAACGAUGCGAGCGGAUCGAAGCUGGCCAACGGUAACGGGACGCUUGUGAAAUCGAUCAACGUAAACGGUGGUGCGAUCGGUAACAAUACGCCCAAGAUUCUGGCGAAAUCGUUCAACGAAACGGACACGGCCACGAUCAAGCGCAACUCUCACGGCCCCAACAACAUCCGCCACGCGCGUCAGCUCGAGAUGGACGAGGACAAGUACUGACAUCGGCAGCGGACGUUGCCAGCCGAUGACGAUGACAUGCAGCGCGAUCUUUGAGAUCGUGCCGAGCGAUGGAGGAGAAACUAGUAUUAGAAACAGCAAAAAUUAGGAACGUUGAGAAGAAAAUAUAGCGAAAGCUUGCAAUGCCGCUGUGUGCCAUUAGAGUGUUGUGCGUGCCUAUUUGUGUGUUAAGUGAGAAGCGAAAUUCAUGCGAUCGUCAAUCAGAGCAGAGGGUUGAAAGAGCAUAAUCAAAUGAUCAUCAUGGAUUUAGGCGAUAGCAGGGAGUAAAUGAUUAUUGUUUUUUAGGCGAGAUAAAGGUGCAUUUGUUGAGUUUUCGCGUUUUAUCAGGAGUUUUAGAGAGGGAGAAAGCUGAAGAAAAGCACUUCCGGUGCACGCUAGGGUAGCAUUCUAGUGCAUAAGGGAUAAGAGACUGUAGUGAUCAUCUGCUGAAUGCGAUAAAACGAUAAAAGACAUGCUGUGGGGUGGGGUGAUCGCAGGGACCCGACACAGCAACCGUGCGUAGCUCAUAUUGAGCUGUUAAGUGUUAAGACAGAGCGCAUUUUAACAUAUAUUUUAUUGCAACAAAAAGGUAUGUGACACAAACAAAAUUACUUCUGCUUGGAAGAGAAAGCGACAAGACAAUACUUUUAGGCCAAACAGUCAUCGAUAAGACUUGCGUGAGGUUCUGUGAGGAAGAAGCCAGCCAAUUAAAAUAAAAAAAAAGAACGUGGGCAACGAUGAGAAGAAAGAAGCGAGCGAUUCUUAGGGCCUUUUUUGUGUAGUAGCGCUCAGUGGUUAGUGAGAAGGAGCAGCAGCAGUUCAUUAGGUAUAAGAUGGGAAAGUAACGAAUUUUAAAUGUAGAUGCGUAAAGUUUGUUAACAACGAGCGAAACGGAAGCUUAUUUGUGUAGCAAUAUUGUUACUUCAAUCGAAUGCGUUCGGAAAAUUUCGGAAAUAAAGACUAAAAUGACUUUUUAAACAUAAAACAA